AUGUUGUUGCUGUUUUUCCUGCUGCUGUUCUUCCCCAAGAACGUAGUAUGUCAGGGUUCAGACCCAACUGGUGGAGACUUCAACUUCAAUGGAUUCCUCUAUACCAGUGGAUCAGCCAACCUAAACAGCAAUGGCCUGUUCAGACUUACGAAUUCUCAGACACAAACAUCCGGUCAAGUUUUCUACAGUUUCCCAUUGCGUUUCAAGGACUCUGCAAAUGGUACUGUCUCUUCCUUCUCCACCACCUUUGUUUUCGCUAUAGUCUCGCGUUAUGGAACUGAUAAAGGCCAUGGACUAGCCUUCUUCCUUUCUCCUACAAGAGAUUUUUCCAACUGA